GGAACAUUGUGCGCGUUGCGGCUGAAAAAGCUCUCUCCACUCUCCACGAAGUUCAAGGUGAUUUGGUAUCGUUUUUUUUUUAACAUCAAUCGUCAUAAGAUAUCGGCUACUCUAGGAGUAAUUAAAAGUCACUUUUACUAUUCGAAGAAAUGGCUGAAACACGGGGUCGCCGAGUUUUGCCUGAAGACCUCAGCAAUGUUGAGUUUGAAACGAGUGAAGAAGUUGAAGUUGUCCCUACUUUCGAUAACAUGGGACUGAAACAAGAUCUCAUUCGAGGGAUUUAUGCCUAUGGGUUUGAAAAGCCUUCAGCCAUCCAGCAGCGUGCUAUCCGCCCCAUUGUGAUUGGUCGAGAUGUUAUUGCUCAGGCUCAGUCGGGUACUGGUAAGACUGCUACGUUUGCUAUUGCAAUUCUUCAGGCCCUGGACAUCAGUGUCCGGGAAACUCAAGUCCUCACCCUAUCCCCAACAAGAGAAUUGGCUGUUCAGAUUCAAAAGGUUGUGCUGGCUCUUGGAGAUUACUUGAAUGUUCAGUGUCACUCAUGCAUUGGUGGCACAAACCUGGGAGAAGAUAUCCGCAAGUUGGAUUUUGGUCAGCAUGUGGUGUCAGGAACUCCUGGCAGGGUGUUUGACAUGAUCCGUCGCCGCACUCUGAGGACGCGCUCCAUCAAGAUAUUAGUGCUGGACGAGGCUGAUGAGAUGUUGAACAAAGGCUUCAAGGAGCAGAUCUACGACGUGUACCGCUACCUGCCACCCGCCACACAAGUCGUGCUCAUCUCCGCCACGUUGCCACAUGAGAUCCUUGAGAUGACCAGCAAGUUUAUGACGGAUCCUGUCAGGAUUUUGGUCAAGCGUGAUGAACUGACGCUGGAAGGCAUCAAACAAUUCUUUGUGGCUGUGGAGCGCGAGGAGUGGAAGUUUGAUACUCUGUGUGAUCUCUACGACACCCUCACCAUCACGCAGGCUGUAAUCUUCUGCAACACAAAGCGCAAGGUUGACUGGUUAACCGAGAAAAUGAGGGAAGCAAACUUCACGGUGUCAUCUAUGCACGGUGACAUGCCGCAGAAGGAACGAGAUGCCAUUAUGAAGGAGUUCCGCUCGGGGCAGUACAGAGUCCUGAUCACCACCGAUGUCUGGGCUCGAGGCAUUGACGUGCAGCAGGUUUCACUGGUGAUCAACUAUGACCUGCCAAACAACCGUGAGUUGUACAUCCACCGCAUUGGUCGCUCAGGCCGUUUCGGACGUAAGGGUGUAGCCAUCAACUUCGUCAAGAGCGACGACAUCAGAAUUCUUCGCGACAUUGAGCAGUAUUACUCUACACAGAUCGACGAAAUGCCCAUGAAUGUGGCUGAUUUGAUAUAAGGAGAAAUAUCGUCCGAAGACUUAUAUUUGACACGGAAUCUUCACAUGGCUUUUAAUAGUUUGGUCUCGUGCUAAAUUUUUAGUUAGCAAGGCAAUAUUUUCCAUAAUGGACACUUUUUACAAUGCCGUUUCAAUUUCAUUCCCUGAGUGUAGUUAUGACUACAUUUUGUUCGUACCGUUGAUCUUACGUUUGCAGUUUUGUUGUUUAGUCAACAUGAAGGUCUGAAAAAAUGAAAUUUGAUAAUUAAACGCCCUGUUGGUGUUUCUAUUGGUUUGAUUAGAGCUUCAUAUUGUGUGAAUAAGAACUCUUUUAGCUCCUAUGUGCUAGUACAAAAAUGUAAGAAAUAGUUGCUUCUGCUUAGAUCUGUACUUUUCUCUACAGGGAUAUUUUCUAAUUGCCUGCGCAAUCGUGAUUUCUGAGUAUACAUUUUUGAUAGGUGCUUAUGUCUCUUGCCUAAGCAGUUCUGUGUUGCUACUCACAUUUCUAAAAAAAAAGCACGGACGAA